AUGUUCAUGUUCAGGAGGAGGCGGACGGCAUUAGCUAAACGCUUGUGGAAGGCACGGGUGCGCCGAGACAAUGAAACCAGGUGUGCGGAAAAGACCUCCUCGGCGUCCGCUGCAGCCGCUCAACCACCAGUAGCAGCGGCGGCGACGUCACCACCGUCCGCGCACCCGUCCCCGCCGGUCGAGUCGGACGAACGGCAAUUCCGCAACGCGCUGUUCAAGCGGCUGGAUGACAGGCAGCUGGAGACGCUUCUCCGGGCCGUGGACACCGGUGGCGUGGACGCGGCAGAGUGCGUGGCCGUCCGGCCGUUCCUGUUCGCCGACCCGGCGGUCAUAUGUUGCCGGCUGUGGCGAUGGCCAGACCUCAGGACUGUCGAACAACUCAAGAGCACACCCUCCUGCCAGACGGCUAAACAACCCGACAUGUUGUGUUGCAACCCGUACCACUGGAGCAGACGAUGCGAAAUCGAACGACCUCCGCCGCCCUAUUCAAGGUUCGUGAAGGAAAAACUGAAACCUGAAGAUCGUGCACCCAGCGAAUGUAGUUGGGAUAGUAAUGAUGACGAACUUCGUGGUUCGUUCAGCACUGAUGGUGAUGAAAAACAAAACGAACAAGAAUGGUGUAAAGUGGCGUAUUGGGAACUCUCGCAACGAGUAGGCAGGUUGUUUCCCGUAGAAACAAAAUCUGUGAACGUGUUCUGGAAUGUUCCACUUGGCACGGGUCUGUCUCUAGCCGCCCUCACUCAACAUCAUUUUUCACCCGGGCAGGGCCCUCCGGAGUCUGUACUCAGGAACAGGACCAAAAUCGGACAAGGUCUAGCUCUGAGCCGAGAAGAAGACGGCGUGUGGGCGUACAACCUGAGUGACUGGCCGAUGUUCGUGAAUUCGCCGACGCUGGACGAUCCGGACAGCAAGUCUUAUCUGGUUUUUCGCGUACCUUCCGGCCACUGUCUGAACAUAUUCACUGGCAACCCGCACGGCGAUCGAAUACGCUAUUCAAACGGCGUGCGAGUGGGACCCGUCGACCCGAACGCCGUACGCAUCAGUUUCGCCAAAGGAUGGGGGCCCAAGUAUUCCCGGCAGGAGAUCACGUCCUGUCCGACUUGGAUCGAAGUUCUGCUAGAUCCCUGCAGAUGA